AUGUCCGCCCUCGGUAGCGGCGACAGUGCCGACAACAUCGCAUCAUCGUCUCAAGGCAACAAUGCAAACUCCGACGAGAUCACCUUCGAGCCUUACACAGGCGAACAUCAGAUGCCGUCCAUCAUCCAGCUCAUCGAAAAGGAGCUGUCGGAACCAUACAUCGUCUACACCUACCGCUACUUUGUCAAUCAAUGGCCUUCGCUGUGCUUCCUCGCCUUUGCGGGAAGAGAAGCGAUCGGAGUCAUCGUAUGCAAACUCGAUCGGCAUCUCAAGGGCUCGAGGCUGAUGCGUGGGUACAUCGCCAUGAUCUCAGUCAAGUACGAGUACCGGGGGAAAGGACUGGGCAAGAGGCUUGUAAGGAGGGCAGUGGACGAGAUGGUCAGCAAGGGCGCACAGGAGGUCGUGCUCGAGACCGAGGCGGAUAACCAAGGUGCACUGGCGCUGUAUGAACGACUGGGCUUCAUCAGGGAGAAGCGGUUGCACCGCUUCUACUUGAACGGCAAGGACUCGUUCAGAUUGAUACUGCCAAUACCGGAGAAGAUGCAGCAGCCGAUAUCGCCCGAACUCGAGAUGCCUCCACCCACAGGUCUCGUUCAACCACCAUACCCGUCGUCAUCAUCGGAAGAGCCCCUCGCAUUCGCUCCCUCCGCCUCGUACUCAGCAUAUACCCACGACCACAUCCUUUGA